UAAUUAGAUGUCAUACCUGUUUAAAAAGUCUUUUGAUAAACAACAGCAUUUGUUAAGAUUAAAGAUGAAGAUUUAAAAAAACCCCAAAACCUCAACAAUCAUUGAAGAGGUAACAGACGACAAAGUUGUUUUUUGAAACAAGAAUGACAGCUUUAACAGCUCUAAAUACUCACUGGGAACUAGAUGUUUCCAUAAAUUUGAAUUUAUUUUGCUUGGGCUAAGUGCUGGCAAACAAGUGUGGAUUUUCCUUCCACCCGACCUGCCUGUUGGCGUGUUCCGCGAAACUGAUACCUGCGGCGGCACCUUUGUUGUCCUGACUAUAGAAGGACCGCACUAUACAAGGACUGCACAGCUGUGUGAUGUUUAAUAUGAUAAAGCAGAACACACUUCACCUGUGCUGGCAGGGGAACUUGUCUGGGAGAGCUACGGGUGGAAGUGGUUGGAAACCAGAGCAGCAGGAUGGCGCUCCAUCCCCUCAUCCCUCUGAGCCGGGGCUGCCUUUGCUGGGCGCUCGCCUAAGCCCGGCAGAGCUGCCCCGCGGGCUCUGUUGAGGGGAGCGCUCUGCACACCGCGACAGGCCGAGCCGAGGGCUUAGUUAACAUGAAGAUGGAGGACUAUGAAAUAUUCUGUAAGAAGCAUCUUUCCAGAAUCCAAGAAGAGGCAAUAAAAGGAGAAACUUCUUUUACUGUUCAGCACAAAAAUAUCUCCCUCAUUCAUUUCUAUGGAGUGCCUGUGCUCUCCCCUCUGCUUAGCCUUGAAAAGAAAAAGGAAAUACAACAAUAUAAGGAGAAAGCACUGGACCUAGAGACCAGGAAACGGAACUCCCGGAACAGAGCUUUACUGAAUCGUGUCCAGGAGAUUGUAGAAAAUGUCCAGAUGAAGAAAGGACUUAAUGUGAGUGAUGUGAAUGCACCGGAGGCUGAGAAUUCUUGCCCCGAUUCAGAUUCAAAAGCUUUGAGUGACUUCACAGCUCCAUCAGAUGUCAGUUUGGCAUGUUCUCCUGAAGGACAUGGUCCCACAGAGCUGGAAAAGACACCAGAACUUGCACCAUCAGGUACCGCAGGGCAGAGGACAUCAAAUGUAACAGAAGUAGUUAAAGCAACAGAAGAUGUUUCUUCAAAGCAAAGUGAGCGUUGCUUCUUGAAAGACGUCUCUUGUCUGAGGGCAGCCUCCCCUGACAAGGUGUGUCACAAACUCAUGUCACAUGCUCUGCAAAAGCAAGAGGGACGAGCGGGGUCACCGUCGGAUGAGGAUGUCCAAGAUCCAUGUGUAAUGAGCCUUCAGAACCUGAUAAAGAAAUCCAGGGAGUACAUAGAGAGAGAGCAAACCAAGCGUACCUCAAAAGGCAGUUCAAAGAGGAGCGUGAGUGAAAGUCAUUCAGAUAAAGAAAAUGACGCUGUUAAAACCACCGACUCUGCGAAAGAAAGAGCAAAACUUACAGGCAGAAGUUGCGCUGCUCAGACGCUUGAUAAGCCCAGUCUUAAUAAGUCAAAUACCCUUCUCCAAGGUGCCUCUACAAACACAAAUAACACAACUUUAUCCAGUUUUUCUAAAGUGGACAUACCUAUGAGAGUUGGAACACCCCCUUUGGUGGAUUCAGAUUCAGAUGAAGAAUUUAAAAAGAAUUCUAUGUUUGAGCGUGACAGUAGCAUUGUCAGGAGCCUCACAGGCUCCUAUGCCAAAUUGCCAAGCCCAGAGCCGAGCAUGAGCCCUAAAAUGCACCGACGGCGCCCAAGACCUUUAUCAAUGGGACACAUCAUUAUAAAUAACCCUGUGAAUGCCUACGAGUUAAGUCCUAAAGGCAAGGGCAGAGCCAUGGAUUUAAUCAUGCAAGACAUUGCAGAUAAAAAUAACGUGUCCGAAUCAGUUCCAAAGUUCAUGAUGGACUUCAACAUGGUUUGCCCUGGCAGAGUUCCUGGUGUCAACAGGAAUUCUUCAGGCCCUGGUGAUGGGUUGGGUGUUGGCAAACCGAAUCGCCAUUCCUUUGGGCUCUGGGAAAGCAAAGGAAUGGUGUCGGCUACGGUGGAAGGGCAGGUGGUGCUGGACAGCAGAGGCCCAUAUAGAGUAGAGACCAGUACUAACAUCAUUGCUCCAAAACUGACUGAGCCGUUUGCCAUCAGUCAGUCUGCAGUAACACAGAAGAUCCCAGCUGGGAAUGAAGUGAAAGCACCUGUUUUGCCAGAAAACACUAAAUCAAACUCCACAGUGGAACUCAAUAAAUCUUACGACGUCGAAACCCCAUCUCCGCUGCUAAUGCAGAGCAAGAACGUGCGACAGCAGAUGGAUACUCCGAGUGUUUCCUCGGCAAAUGAGCAGGUUCCAGAAAAUUUUGAGAAGGUGAAACGCAGACUUGAUUUGGACCCCAACAACUGCCAAACAGAAACCAGUUCCUGUAUUCUGAGAGUUGGAAUGGAAGAACAAGAGAAGCAGUGGUUGCAAGAACAGAAAUAUCCUGUGGAAUCAGUUUACAUUGCCCCUGAAAGUAUGGCAAAAGAAGAUAUUUUAAAAACUAAAAUGUUGGCCUUUGAAGAAAUGAGAAAGAGACUUGAAGAACAGCAUGCACAGCAACUGUCGAUUCUGAUAGCUGAACAAGAGAGAGAACAGGAGAAACUGCAGAAGGAACUGGAAGAGCAGGAGAGAAAGUUGAAAGGAAAGAAGGUUACUACAACGGAAAUAGAGAUUUCCAAAGUGAAUAUUAACAGUAGGAUGGAGUUGGAGUGGAGAAAAAAAAGUGAAAAUGGCUUGCUGGAAAGUGUGCAGUCUCAGCUGGAGACAGUCCAUAACACAAACUCCACCAGCAUUGGUUUUGCUCAAACAACACCCAACACCUUUUCUUCGACAAGUGAAACUUCCUUCUUUCUCUGGGGACCAUCAGGUAGUGGAGUCAUAAAAACCUCAGUAUCCAGACCAACUAAUAGAAUCAAAACUAGGUGGUCUCAGGUUUUCAGUCCAGAGAUACAAAUGAAGUUUGAUAAGAUCACUGCUGUGGCAAAGGGAUUUCUCACUCGUAGACUUCUCCAGACAGAAAAGCUGAAACAUCUUAAGCAAACUGUGAAAGAUACUGUGGAGUUCAUAAAAAAUUUUCAGUCUGAAGCCCCACUGAAAAGGGGAAGUGUGUCAGCACAAGAUGCAUCCCUUCAUGAAAGAGUAAUGGCUCAGCUGCGAGCUGCUCUCUAUGACAUCCAUGACAUCUUUUUUACAAUGGGUGCAUCAGAAAGGAUGAAUAUUCUGCGUCACGAUCGUGAAGUUCGGAAAGAGAAGAUGCUCAGGCAGAUGGAUAAAAUAAAGAGCCCGAGAGAGCGAGUGACACUUUCAACAGCUACACAGAAAUCUCUGGACAGGAAGAAGUACAUGAAGGCUUCAGAAAUGGGAAUACCAAGUAAAAAAAUAAUCAUAAAACAAAAAACUCCUGAAAGCCGCAUACUUCAACCAAACCAAGGACAGAAUGCCCCAGUUCAUAGACUGCUUUGCAGACAAGGCACCCUUAAGACCUCAGUGAAUGGGGUUGAGCAUAAUAGAAAGAAGGCCUCAGAGAGCAGAGUGUCUAACAAGGCUGUUUCAGGAGCAUAUGCAGGAAGAACCCAAAGAAAGAAGCCAAAUGUUGUGACAAUUUAAGAAGACAGCACUCACUAGGAUAAACUGACUGUUUUUUACUGAAGGCAUUCUCAGCACUGAUUUUAAAUAUUGCAUCUUCUUUACGUAUAUGUAUAUUUAGAAAUUACAAACCUGCUUUGUCAUUUUCAGAUGACACAUUAAUACAAUGAUAUUGAAGUAAUAAAGGACUUUGAAGUUCUAAUACUUGUGGAAAAAUUGCAUGUUAGAACUUAUUGUAUGUUAAUACUAGUGCGUACACAUUCAUAGUCUUGUUUAUUUAAAGACCACCACAGGGCAGCAUGAAGGUAGUUUGUGACUUUUUCACACUUUCUAAUUCUUGUGUCUGCUAUAUGCUUUUUGAUUACAUAAACUGCAAUUUCUGUGUAUGAUUGCCACCACUAGUCAGUCAUGGGUAUAUAUUCAGUUUCAUACCAUAAAGUUAAAGCAGUUAAAUGGGAAAAAAACCUCCAAACCUAUAAGUGAAUUUGUCACCAGCCGUUUUGAAUGUACUUUCUGUAUGAAUGAGAUUAACCUCAAUUUCAGUACUAAUGACCUAAAAUGUUUUGCAUUUCUGCUAAACUGGACAGACAUGGAUCCAGAUUCACUGCUGGGCAGACGGACCUACUUUCAUUGACUAAACCAAAACUGUGCAUUUUUAUCUGUGAUAAAUCACCACCACCACGAGUCCUGAGACUUUUUUACCCUGAUGUCUACUGCAUUUUCUUAUGGAAGCAGCAUUUGGCCACGAUGGAGACGUGUAUGUUCUACAAAAGCUCAAGAAGGCAAGAUUUCAAUUGUUUUACUGUCUCAGACUUAAAUAGUAAUUUCAGUCCAUAAUAGUAAUUUGGAUAUGUUACAUUUCAUUGAUGACAGUUACAAGUUUUCCUAAGGAGUUUCUCUUCUACCAUGAUCAAACAGGCCCUUGUACUGAAUUCAUGAUUUUGGGGGAGGGGGAAUCCCUAUCAAAUCCCUACAAAGACUUUCGUAUUUAUGAAUAUCUAACGUUAAAUGAUCAUGCUCAUGUUUUACUUCAGUCUUCCAACUGAUGGAUAUUAUCCAUCAACUUGAGGGGAGCAUAAUUCUAUACCUGCUUUUAAUGAACUUGAGACACGUUAACAAAGUCCUAGAGAGAAAAGAUCUGCUUUUGUAAUAUCAGUAGAGAACUGACUGCCUGAAUGUGAAAUAGGUUAUAUUUUGUUAUUUCCCAGUGUGGAUAGAAUUCAACAUACUAACUUAGGAGGCUUUGUAACAUGUUGACACGGAUAUAAGAGAAAAAAGAUGGAAAAUUUCUGUUGUGUUAAAUAGUCAGCAUGAAAGAGGAACAUUAAUGGUGGGAUGAGGACAGCACCUUCAUAGCAGUGAUGAGCGAUUGUCUUGCUUGUGGCACCAGUUAUAGCUUUUAUCUGCCCCCAAGUCCGUCCUCUGCAGGUAGUAAUGUUGUUCAAAACAGGUGUGUUAUACUGUGCAGUAAAUUACCCAAACUGUGUACUUGGAAAAUGGCAAAAAUGCUGCCCAAGCACUUUGAAGAAUGACACUGCUCAGUAGCUCUCUACUGUGGCAUUAAUUUGGAAGCCUAACAGCUUUGAAAACCUAACAGUGUAAAUUGUAAGAGUUUUCACCAGUGUAGGACCAGCCUCCUUCAUACAAAUGCUGUGGUGCCUAAAAAUCUCAGUUGUAAUACAGAAAAUGCCCAGAGCAAGCUUCCUGCUCACCCAGUGGGCAUCGCAGCUCUGUUUUGGCUCUCAGCUUUCCUUAGGAGUGAAAUACAUCGCAACAGGGUUAAAAUUAGCAAUGACAAGAGUAACCUGUGUCAGAGGAGACAAAAGGUGCUAUUGAUAUAGGAUUGAUGUUCUUAAAGAAUGUUCUAUGUGAUGUAUUUAUUAUUAGCAUAGGUACUAUGUUGAUGCACAAAUAGGUUUAGUGUGUUAGUAGAAAUGAAUGUUUCUGCUUGGGUUUCACAUCUAAACUUCAUCUUUAAGCAUGCUUCCACUGUGUAAUAAAACACUAUAGCACAAGGUUGGUGUUUUUUUUAACUUUCAUGAGGCCUUUCUCUUGGCAAGUGCCAGACUUUGUUUUUGUACUUGAUGUUUUGUAUUUAUACAUAUUUAUCUUUUUAUUUUGUGUGAAAUUGUGAUACCAUUACAAAAGUCUAUUUAUUUUUAUACUUUUAUUUCGUUUUUUUUUUUUUUUCUCACCAGUCUUGCUUUUUACUUAAAGCAUUCUGCACAAUAAACUUUGAAUCUUUAACGAG